GUUGCGCCACGGCAGCGACCAAGAUCGCACGCAUGUUUCGCGAGUGAGUGCUGCAGUGUUGUGGGGCAGAGGCCCAUACAUUCGAAAAUACCAAACGAAAAAAUUGAACCCCAGAUGGGAGUAUACGAGGAGAGGGGAACGAUGCACUGGCAACAAAGCGAGAGAUACCUUACGUCGGCGUACGAGGGGGGCGGAGACCUGUCCCCCGUCGCGCCCGCGACGUCUCCCGGCUCGCCCCGUGACUGCACCUCAUGUAGGAAGCGAGAGCCCCCGGACGAAACGCCCCAAGCCCCCCCAGAAGACGCCUGUGCUGGCUGCGGAGGCCGCAUAACAGACAGAUACUACCUUCUGGCGCUAGAACGCCGCUGGCAUACCCCAUGCUUAAAGUGCUGCGAGUGCAAGAUGCCCCUCGAUUCGGAACAGCGGUGCUAUGCCAGGGAUAGCAGUAUUUUCUGCAAGAAUGACUAUUUCAGGUUAUAUGGAUCGAAACGCUGCGCUCGCUGCAACACGCCAAUCUCGGCUUCCGAGCUGGUGAUGCGAGCUCGGGACCUGGUGUUCCAUGUGCAUUGCUUCUCAUGUGCUUUGUGCAGCACGCCCCUUAAUAAGGGGGAUACUUUCGGCAUUAGAGACUCGGCAGUAUACUGCAGGCUGCAUUAUGAAACUAUGCCGGAGUACGGUCCUCACAUGGCUGUGCCGGGGCCCCCACAAAUGUGCCCCGUGCCGUACGCGGGCCCUGCCCCUGGGCCUCAUUAUCCCCCAUACCCCUCCCCGGAGUUCGCUCGGGUAGACAAUGAUGUUCCUAAAGGGCCGUUCUUCAACGGCUCUGCAGCGCCCCCACCUCGACAGAAAGGACGCCCGCGAAAAAAGAAGCCAAAAGACCAAGAAAUCAUGGCUGCCAACCUUGAUCUGAACCCUGAGUAUCUGGAGAUGGGGUUCCGCGGCGGAGCUGGGCUGGGCUCCUCGUCGCGCACCAAGCGCAUGCGAACCAGCUUCAAGCACCACCAGCUGCGCACCAUGAAGUCCUACUUCGCAAUCAACCACAACCCUGACGCCAAGGAUCUGAAGCAACUCAGCCAGAAGACUGGACUCCCUAAAAGGGUGCUUCAGGUAUGGUUCCAGAACGCUCGAGCGAAGUGGCGACGAAUGGUGACCAAGCAGGAGAACAAGAUGUCGGACAAGUGUUCGCCCGACGCGUCCCUGGAGAUGGACAUGUAUCACGGGCCGAUGGGCUCGAUCCAGUCGCUGCCGCCGCACAGCCCGCCCUACAGCGUGAUGGGCGGCCCGCCGAGCCCCAACUCGAUGGAUUGCCCCUAGCCUUUAUUGCGCGCUUUAUGAGCGCCAUAAACUUUGUUACGAGUGGUGCGCCAAGCCGCUCUCUGCGGUGGCGUUUGCCAACAACGUCGUUCUCCUUCGCCGGAGCAACCAUUUAAUCAAUCAUUUUCUAGACAGAAUUUUAAUCAACAAAAUAAUUUACAAUCUUCAAAUAAUUCAGACCAACAAACUCCCCUUCAGCGAAACCGUUUUAAUGGGCGUACAGCUCAUCAGCCUGAAGCCAUGCAACGAUUUUUUACGCAACCUCUGCAGCGGCCUAACCUAUGCGAACGAGGACGUUUGGUACAAGGCUCUCCACGUGAACAACCUAAUCACAAUCAAUCUUUACAGCAGGGCUUUAUUGGACAGUCAUUUAAUAGGUCCCAAAACUCUCAUUUUAAUCAUAUCCCAGAACAUAGGCAUUGGCAAGACAUUCAGCUGCGUCACCAUAUGCAAUCUUCUCGAUUGCCUUUUCGCGAUCCGCAUAUCCAACAAACAAACGCGACAUGUUCCGAGCAACCACAAGCACUUAAGUUGAAUACGCAUACUUCUGGUACCUUUAAUUUUGAUCCAUCAUUUUGGGAUCCUAGUCCACCCCCCGAUCAGACCCGUAGGGUGAACUCUCAAAGUUCUUUGCAUGCGCAAGGUUCCCAAAAUAUCUUAAGCAAUCAGUCUUGUCGACCUCCGUUGAACCAAUCUUCCCAAAUAUCUGCCAAUAGUCAUGAGUUUCGAACCCCUUUGAACGGUUAUCAUUUUCCAUCGCCUAUCAACAGUCAAGCUUCCUUACAGUCCGGCCCUCGGCCGACGGUCAGAAACCCUAAUGAUGAAUUUAUGUCUCAACGAUCUGUUUAUGAACCAGCUCCCGAAACCCUCGCUUAUAGGCAAGCCCUAUUAUAAGCUGGGUGAAGCUAAUUAUUCCAACGUAUUUUACUUACUUUUCAAGAGCUUUUUACGUGGAGGCAACAAAAGUUUCAAGGGGAAAACUCUUUAUAAAGUCUCUAACCGCUGUUGGUGAACUAUAACCAACAUUAAUUUCCAAAAUAAAAUGAUUGAUUAAUUUAAUGACUUUCAAUAUAAACAAUACAAGUGGCGAGUGAAGUAUGUUAUGUACAAAAGCAAGGCAAAGUUAAAAGGACUAAUUUACUGAGAGCAAAAGAAUGUCAGCCGACAGCAUUGAUUCUGAUAUUCUGAUUUGUGACAGACUUUAAAGGAUUGUGUUGGAAAGUGGACUUUAUAGAACUUUCAUUGUACUCGUGAUUACAUUUAUCUAUUUAAGUGGUUGUGAAGUCAAUUUUUCUGUAUGAUAUUGAAUGAACUCAGCAAUUUUUGAAUCUCCAAAAAUAUUAAAUGUUUACGUCAUCGUAGGAUAAACGCAACCGGUAAGUAUAUUGUCCCAUAACAGAGUAAGAAAAAGUCAUUCCAGUAAAUGUAAUUACAUGAAAAUUUUAAAUAAAAUUUACCUGUUUCUCUGUGUGUUUGGAUAUUGUCUCCGAGUCAAGAUGUAAUACAUAGAUAAGUACAUAAAUAGGUAAAGAUUCUCAGAUACUCGCAUUUACUAAGUAUCUCCGUUUUGAACAUUAAAAUAAUAAUUGUUGUAAACACCUCGAAGUAAAAGAUCCAUACAAUAAAUUCGGAAAAAAAUAUACAAAAAAAAACUGUUGAAAUAAAAUUAUUGGAAAAAAAUGCUAUCUGAAAUUGUAUGACUAGUUUACUUUGUGAAUGUACAUACUUAUAAAUUAUUGACUAUAUAAAUGUGAAAUGUAAAUACGUUAAAACAUCAAUAAUAGUCCAUAUAUUACCGUGUAACUGUUAAACGAUUUACCUUCUCAAUGUAAGUAGCGUCGGAGGUCAAACUUGUUCUGUGACUUGCAUAUUGUAGCCCCGUGUUUAUCAAUAACCCAAUUAUAAAAUUGUCGUUUAAAAUUGUUGUAAAAAUAAAUAGGUGGUAUAGAAUAUAAGUCGUUCGAGAACUAACUUGUAUGUACUUACGAUUGUUAGUUUUCUGUUAUCUUUAAAAAAAAACUAUGAUAUUCAGCAAUGCGGUUCCUUGAACCAAGAGGAGAAAGUUUCGUUUAAUAAUAUAUUUACUAUUUAUUUAUUGACAAUUGAUAUUUAAUUUAGUUUAAGAAGUAGUCUGUAGUUAGGGACGUAAAAUGAAUGUGAAAUUUUUCCAUAGAUGUAAUAAUUAUUACCUAGGCUAGUAUAGUCAUAAAGAAAAUGAUUUGCCGGCAAGAUAUUAUUUGAACUCUUCAUUAAUUUGCAGUUAAACAAUUUGUUUCUAAAAUACAAUAUUGUUAUUCCUACUGUCUUUUAAGUAGUUCUAAGCAUUACCUAAGUAAUAUUCCGGCUAAGUAAAUGCACUGUUAGUUCCUUUUGUAUAGAUUUAAAGUACAUUAUAAUAAAGUAAUCCACAUAAUAUAUAAAUGUAGUAGCUGACACGAUGUUUAUCGUUCUUGAUUAAAAGUAGCAACAAUCAUAAUGUUAAUAUUUAAUGAAAUCAGUAACUUACAAAUAAUUCGACUGCAUUUGGCAUCAACGGUUUUAUUUUCGCAAAAAAACCUGUGACUAAAAGUUAUAAAGAUCUGUUAAAUAAAAAAUAUUUCAGAUGUGA